CCAGCCAUUCUGUGUGACUUACUCGUAAUGAUUGAUGCCGCAGUUUAUACCACAUCCCUGUUGUACAUCGCGCGACUGUCAUGGUCAGGCUAUUUUAGCGGAUCUCUACGGAAAGAUAUUUUUCCUCUAAUUCAGUUCGCACACACGAGCCCCUCCGCGUGCAUAGGCUCGCGACCCAGCUGUGCGACGCCGCGCUGCCUCCCGGUUGAUCGGCGGCAGGAGGAUGGCACUGCGUUGGACGGUCUCUGUAUUUGUCCUCGGUGGUCUAUUAAGAUUUUAAUUAGCUGAUAACAUAGGCUACGUUUGAUAUUUACGACGGACUGGUGUGGGGCAAUAAACGCACCGCUCUGAGUAUGGAAAAGGAGUCCAGGUUUGAAGACCUCUGAUCAUAUUGGCUCCACAGCCAGCCAGGUGGCCAAUCGGGCGACACUGAGGAGGGGGACCAACAGUGAGAUUGGAAGAUCCUCUUUCCUCACCCACACUGCUUCACCCAUCCCAAUCCAUUGCCACCGCCAUGUCUAUGCCCAGCGGAAGCCCAGAAAGAGAGGGCUUAAGUGCGGCUCUCCCUCAGCUAGAGUGCCCUUCUUCCCCUCCAGGCAUGGACCCAGACCCCCUGUCAACAGGCAGCCCAGUGCUCAGCCCAGACUCAUCUUCCCAUGAUGCAGCACUGUCGGCACCAGCAGCCUCCCCAGCAGACUCAGAGAACCUGAGUCCUGAUGAACUGGAGCUGCUGGCCAAACUGGAGGAGCAGAACAGGUUGCUGGAGGCUGAUUCCAAGUCCAUGCGGUCGAUGAGCGGUUCACGGCGCAACAGCGGCUCCUCGCUGGUGUCCAGCUCCUCAGCCUCCUCUAACCUGUCACACCUGGAGGAGGAUACCUGGAUCCUGUGGGGCCGCAUCGUCAACGAGUGGGAAGAGUGGAGACGCAAGAAGGACAAACUCCUGAAGGAGUUGAUCAGAAAGGGCAUCCCUCACCAUUUCCGGGCCAUUGUCUGGCAGCUGCUGGGCAAUGCCACUGACAUGCCGGUGAAGAACCAAUACUCUGAGCUGCUAAAGAUGUCGUCCCCCUGCGAGAAGCUCAUCCGCAGAGACAUCGCCCGCACCUAUCCCGAGCACGAGUUCUUCAAAGGCCAGGACAGCCUGGGGCAGGAAGUCCUCUUCAACGUCAUGAAGGCGUACUCUCUGGUGGAUCGAGAGGUGGGCUACUGCCAAGGCAGCGCAUUCAUUGUUGGUCUGCUGCUUAUGCAGAUGCCCGAGGAGGAGGCAUUUUGUGUUUUUGUGCGUCUAAUGCAGGAGUACCGUCUGAGGGAGCUGUUCAAACCAAGCAUGGCCGAGCUGGGCCUUUGCAUCUACCAAUUUGAGUAUCUGCUACAGGAGCAACUUCCAGAGCUGAACGUACAUUUUCGAUCCCAGAGUUUCCACACAUCCAUGUAUGCCUCAUCCUGGUUCCUCACCCUUUUCCUCACCUUCCUCCCUCUACCUGUCGCCACACGCAUCUUUGAUAUUUUCAUGUAUGAGGGCCUAGAGAUUAUCUUCCGUGUGGGCCUGGCCAUCCUGCAGUACAACCAGACCGACCUCAUUCAGCUGGACAUGGAGGGCAUGUCGCAGCAUUUCCAGAAGGUGAUCCCCCACCAGUUUGACAGCUGCCCAGACAAGCUGAUCCUCAGGGCCUACCAGGUCAAAUACAACCCCAAGAGGAUGAAGAAACUUGAGAAAGAAUAUACCACAAUCAAGAACAAAGAAAUGGAGGAACAAAUUGAGAUUAAGAGGUUACGCACAGAAAACCGGCUGCUGAAACAGAGGAUUGAGACGCUGGAGAAAGGUCAGGUGACGAGGGCACAGGAAGCAGAGGAGAACUACGUGAUUAAGCGGGAGCUGGCGGUGGUGAGGCAGCAGUGCAACACAGCCAGCGAGAGCCUCGAGAAAGCGCAGGACACCAUCAAAGAGCUGCAGCAACAGAGGUACACAGAGCCGUUUGUGAGCAAUCUACAGACCCAGCUGGAGCAGUCCAGAUUGCGCGAGGCUGAACUGCUGGGAGCAAUGAAGGAAAUGCAAGACAAGGUCCUCGACCUGGAGAAGAGGAGCAGCUGCCUGCCUGAUGAGAACAACAUGGUGGCUCUGCAGGAGGAGUUGAAGCAGAUGAAGCUGAGGGAGCUGGAGACGCUGCGCUCAUUCAGAGAGAUGCAGGACACCGUUACUGAGCUCAACCAGCGCUGGCAGUGGCAGAAGGCAACUGUACGAUCUGUUUCUCUGCAGCAUCACAUGUCCCGUGGUAGCAGCACAGGAGGAGGGGGCGGCCACUGGAAGGAAUCCCCGAAGAAGAACGCCAUGAACGAGCUGCAGGACAAACUGAUGACAGUCAGACUGAGGGAGGCCCAGGCUCAGGCUGAGCUCCGAGAGGUCAAACUCAAAGCUCUGCAGCUGGAGAGCCAGAACCAGAUCCACAGCAAGCUAAUUGGUCGCAACGAGCAGGAACGCUCAGCCUUGCAGGACCGGCUCCAGAUGCAAGCCAAUCAGAACAAAGCUCUCCAGGCCCAACUCAACGAAAUGAAAAGGAAGCAGGCCGAGUCUGACUGCAAGAGUAAAGAAGAGGUGAUGGCCGUGCGACUGAGGGAAGCAGACAGUAUGGCUGCGAUGGCUGAACUCAGGCAGAAGAUCGCCGAACUAGAGAUACAGAAAGAGGAAGGUCUGAUCCAGGGCCAGCUGAACCACUCAGACUCCAGACAGUAUAUCAACCAGCUCCGGGACCAGAUCGCUGAACUCAAGAACGAGAUCAGGCAGUUGCGAGGGCAGAAGGCAGCGCCCAGGGUUAGCGGUGGAGGCGGAAGUACCAACUAUCAGGAUCUCUGUCUUGCCAGCCCCACCUCUGCCGAGGGUGACUACCUGAGCUCAGACGAGGACCUCCUCCCCAGCCCGCUGCCUGCCACCGCCCUGUACCCCACCCUGACCGGCCCGUGUCACCCGUCUGCACGCCUCGACAGCGAGGGCAGCACAGACAGCGAGGCAGAGGAGCGGAUGCGGACACAUCCGGACCCACAGCAGCUGUACGGCAGCAUGGUCUGCACUGAGGCACUUGAUAACUGAGACCUGGAGGAGGUAUGAAGGUUUCAUUGGAUUUCUUUGACCUAAAGAAAUGCUGGAGCUCGACAGGACUGCUACUGUAAACUGGGACUGUACCCAAUUAUCAAAUUCAGUCCUCCUCCUCAGCUUUUCCGGUGUUUACCUUUAACUUGAUGCAGACAUAGUGGCAUUGAUUGGACCUCUUCUGAUCAUCACUACCCGUCGUCUCCACUCUUGUCACCGUCUCCACCACCUUGUUUCCGAUACUGUCUGAUCCUGUGUUCCCUAACAAGAGGUAAUGUAAAGCCUCCCUCCUUGUUCCCACGUGUAACUGCGCCAGAAACUGUCCAAAAAAACAUGUCCAUCCAAACAUAAACAUAUGACACACAAACAGACAAAAUGGACUGAAACUGGACCAGCAAGACUGAUGUUGCCCCUCGCUGCUUGAGAUCAACCACUGGACCUGAAUCUGUGAUUAACGAGGAGUGAAACAUGGGUAGACAGACAGAAAAUCACUCUUCCCUCUCCCUAUAAACUGAGUAAUAGACACUGUCUACCCUCAUAUAACUCUCCUUCGAUAGGUUCAGAGUUAAAUACAUCUUUGUCCUCUUUUCCUUUUUAUGCCUCUCAUUAGAAGACACACACACACACACACACACACACACACACACACACACACACACACACACACAUGCACACACUUACAUCAGCCACCUAUUUACGUCUUAGUAGACCAAGUGUUAAUAUAAAGGUCACGAGUAUGAGAAGGAGAGGUGCAGUGUAGAAAUAUGUACACAUCAAACUUUAGGGAAAUCACAAGAUGGCAUUCAUAAAUCAAUCAUCAACAAUUAACAUACUAAAUGUUGUCUGUGACUUACAGAUGACAAGAACGCAAGCGAGUUAAUACAACAUCUCAUGUCAAAACAUCACCCACAAAAAAAGGAAGGAAGAAACUCAGUGUUGCCAAAUCUUCUGUUUUGUUUUUUAAUUAUUUAUAUGUUGUAAUUUAUUUUGAUUUUUAUAUAUAUAUAUAUAUAUAUAUAUAUAUAUAUAUAUAUAAACUAUAGGAGUAUAGAGAUACCGACAGAGGCCAAACUUUCUACACCGUCCUUUGUGCCAACUAGUCGUCUGUUAUAGGUUUACUGUAACACUGAGUGUUUCAGAGAUGGAAAAUGCUGCUAUGAUUUUGGAAUUACUUCUCCCAAUUUGUCUUUCUGGGUUUUUUUGAACAUGCAACCACCUGUUAACUCUGCCAUAGAUUAGGUUGAACAACUACUGUGCAGACUGAUCAAAUGAAAACUGAGCAGUUUGACUUGAUUCUUCCCUGCAGCUUCUCAACGUUUAGCAAUGAUGGGAACAAUUUGGUUUCCUUAAAAACCAAGCAUUAUCAUUGUGUAUGUGUUCGUUAAAGGGGUAUAGUUUGACAUUCUAGGAAAUACAUUUAUUCGCCAUUCACAACUCUUAUGUGUCUGUUGAAUAUGAAGCUACAGCCAGGAGAUAGUUAGCUUAGCAGGAGCGGUUUACGUGCACAAACAGCUGUUUUGCAUGCAAACAGCUGUUUCCUCGUGUUUCCAGUCUUUAUGCUAAGCUAGGCUAGCCAUCUCCUGGCUGUAGCUUCAUACUUAACAGAAAUUAGACAGACACAAGGGCUGUAUCUGAGCGAACAAGCACAUUUCCAAACUAUCCCUUUAAUUAUCAUUGUCACAUACAAGCAAAAAGGAAUCCAGGUAACAGUGCUGAUCUGGAGUCACCAGUUCAUGUGCUCAUAUCACUUUUUGACAGCUUAAGCUGCAGUAUGCAGGCCAAUGAAAUUGGAAGGAGUCGUGCAUAUUGUAAGGAUGCCAACAUAAAGGCUGUCGUCGUGACUGGAGAGUGUGUGGGUGGAAAGUAUAUUACAUAUCAAACAUUAAUAUAUUCAGUGUAGAAAAAAGGGUGUACAAUGUAUGGAGAAAUAUGAAAUAUACAGUGUAAGAGGAACAAAGGGAUAUAGAUAAGAUUUAAAGCUGUAUCACUUCCCGUCAGGUCUCACUGAAGAUUGUGAGUGUGUAUAGUUUAUCAAACAGGGUGUUAUAUGUAGAGCAAUGGUCUGCUUUUUGCACUACAGAGAAAGAGGAACUCUCUGCUCAUGACAUUAAGCAGUGAGAGAUGCUGUGGAUUAAUGGAUUCAUGGUGGGGUCUCAUUUCUUAUCAUAUUCAGCUCUUCAGAGGGACCUUGACAUUACCUGACAUAUUAAGUACUUCGCUCCAAGAUUAUGAAUCUGGACUUUGUAUUGUGCUUCAUUUUUCUUCACACUGAAGUUGGAAGAUUCUCUCUAAAUUAUCUAAAGGUCCAUUUACUGCUUCACAAAGCUAACUAACAUUUUUUGUGCAAUAGAAAUGAAGGAAUUGUAAAGGAGAUCAUCAUUGCCAUCUUCUCGGAAAUUAGGAAACUGGAUCAUCCAGUAAUGGCCAUCAAAGAGCUGAAGAGGAUGUCAGUUUGCCCACCAAACUGUUGCACAUAACAGCCUUUUAGUGGUCAUUGGUGGGUGUAACAACUGAAAUCAGUGUUCGGAUAUCGUCAGACCAAAUGAGUGUUGUACAAAUGGUUUUAUUCUAAUUCCUUCUAGUUCUUAGUAUGUACAGAAUGUAGUCUGGCAUCAGCUCUGUAGAGCAUGAGAUGUAUACCCUUUAGAUUAAUUACUAUAAUAACUGGCUGAAUCUCUCACUUUAAGUUAUAAUCCUUAAGUUUUUUUCUAUUAAACCUCAUUUUUGCUUUUUAUCGCUGGCAAGAUAUAUUCAAUGAAUUUACAUUCUAUAAUUACCUCUCUCUAUAGUAGGUUUCAUUGUUACUGUUGGCCUUUCCCGUGUGAGAUUCAAAUGAUUUACAGUAAACGAUGAUUUGGAAGACGUUAAGUCGGUGCAUUCUCGCUUCUUUAUGUAGUUAACGAGGCAACAUUGGAUUAUCAGUUUAGUAUUACAGUAUCAGAAAACACUGUGACUGUCUUUUUUAAGGUGCACUAUACAUCGUCAGGAUUGCUUGACGGAUUUUUGAGUAGCUUUUGAACACCCUCCCACCACAACUUCCUGAUGAUUAUUAUUAUUAUUAUUAUUAUUAUUAUUAUGAUAAUAAACUUUAUUGCGCUUUUCAAAAAACAACGUGCUUUACAUGGUUGAACCAGGAUAAAACAUGCCAGAACAACAAAAUAAAGUAAAAUAAAAUUACCCCCAGCCCCCAACAAUAAAGUUAAAUAUUAAUAAUGAAACAUCAUAAUGUUCUUGGCAGUGUGCCAGAAUUAAACAAAAUUUCGAGAGUGAUUUGAAAGAUUUUGCAGAUUCAGCAAGACUCAGGGCUGUUAGGGGCUGAGUCCAACAAUUUCUGUCGAAAAUCUUUCCAAAGCCAACAUUCACUGCCACCAUCUGCUGUGAUUGGCUAGCUCGGUGGAGAUGACAAAAUAAGCUAUUUAUUUCUGUCACUUUUGAUGACAACAUAAUUUAAACAAUAUCGCGUCUCCCCCUCUUUAUGACCGCUGGCAUUUCACCAAGUGUGGCCGUUCACAACAGCUAUAAACAUUUUUUCCUUCCGACACGGUUGGACAGCAAAUCAUGCAAACUGCUUCUCUUUGAGCUUAACCUGACCGUUAGUCUUCUUUAUUAUAAAAUUGUAAAGUGAUAAAUUCUCUCAGCCUAUGAUUUGAUUGGCGGCCCUGUAAACAUAUGGAUAUGUUGCUGUUCUGUUACAUUUCUGACAGAGUAACCGCUCAAAGCACGUUUCAAACUGAUCUCUGGGAGCUGUAUUAUUAAAAUGUGAUUGUCAUUGUCAACACUAACCACAAGUGUUGCCAGAUAUACCACAACUUAAAUCUUAAGGAUUAUAACUCUGAUAUUUUAGUGUGGAUUUCAGUCAAAUAAAUUAAAAGGCUUAGCUGGAAAUGGCAUUCAUUUAGGACUGAGUUUCAGUUUUUAAAAUAAACCCUAAUCUGGACCCAGAUCAGUGCUCAGUGUCUUACACUUGUGUACACUGCUGUUCAGUGAUGGUGCUCUGUUCUCACCACUGUCUAAAUACAACUCUAUCUACUGUGACGAAACAUUUUGAUAUGUUUGUAAAUUACUUUUGAAUAUCUUACUAGUGCUCGUCCUUAAUGUUAUUUUUAUAAUUAUCAUCUGUACUUUGGUUUCACCCAACAGCAUUACAUGAGAUGAUAAUGCUUAAACAUCAUAAUGUGCCAUAAAAGUAGGUAGAUUUACACACUAUGCUAAAUGACUUCAUGUGUGUUUAACAAGGGUUUCAUCGACAAGUCGGCCACUACAGCCCUUUUAUUAAACAGCCACGUAAUAUAAAGUGAAUUUGGUGUGGACUGAAAUACGAUCACACUGUGUUGCUCCAGAUUUAUCAUCUUGAAACAUCAUACACUUUUUCCCUGAUUUAAAGCAGGAAAUAAGACAAUGCAGCGCUAAACAGUGUGUCACAUGUGAGUUUAUCCUGACAGACAGUAAAAGGAAAAUAGACUGUGUUCAUCCUGGUUAGUCUGGUGUAGGAUUUCUAUGUGCUGUAUGUGACAGCUGUUUGAUACCCACAGCAUCAUACCCAGGUACUUGUCCACCCUCUCUCUUUCUGUCUUGCAAUUCAACUGAUGUUGUUAUCAAAUAUAUUAAAUGACAGUAAAGAUUAUAUCAAUUCCAGUAUGAUGGGGAAAAAAUACAUUUCAAUGUGCUGUAUCCUAUGAAUGAUACAAAAUAAACUUUGACAUUGCACCUUU